UGAACAAAGGCCGGAGGAUUGCCUGGAGCUCCGCCUCAUUACUGAAAGUGGCUCCCAGUCCUGAGGAGAGGAAUACCAUACAUGAACUGUUUCUUAGCACACUGGAUCCAAAGACGAUAAGUUUUCAGAGUCGAAUUUUGCCUGCUAAGUCAGUGUGGAUGGAGGAUACAAAACUCAAGAGCUUGGAUAUUUGUCACCCUCAGGAGCGGAACAUUUUCAAUCGGAUCUUUGGUGGUUUUCUUAUGAGAAAAGCAUAUGAACUUGGAUGGACCACUGCUUGUAGCUUUGGUGGUUCCCGGCCAUUUGUGGUAACAGUAGAUGAUAUCAUGUUUCAGAAACCCGUUGAAGUUGGAUCGUUGCUCUUUCUUUCUUCACAGGUAUGCUUCACUCAGAACAAUUAUAUUCAAGUCAGAGUACAUAGUGAAGUAGCCUCUCUUCAGACUAAUGAACAUAUGACCACCAAUAUCUUUCAUUUUACAUUCAUGUCGGAAAAAGAAGUACCCUUGGUUUUCCCCAAAACAUAUGGAGAGUCCAUGUUAUAUUUAGAUGGACAGCGCCACUUCAAGUCUAUGAGUGUCCCACUGAUCUUGAAAAAGGACUACCCUGUGGAGCCCUAGGAAGAUCUCACUUGUUGCAAACCAGCACUCCCUGCGCGGUGACAUUGUGCCUAAUAAAGGCAUGCUGGA